AUGAAAAGCCAUUUAUGUCUUUUUCUAUUGAUUAUUCGAAUCGAUUCAAUAGUCGCUUGGGAAACUUAUGAACUUGAUUUAUUUGAUUUAGUUGAAGAACUUGGCUUGAAUACAAAUUUUUAUGAUUUUAUUGGUGUUGAAAAAACAGCGGAAACAAGUGAAAUUAAACGGGCAUAUAGAAAACUUUCAUUAACUUGGCAUCCAGAUAAAUCGGAUGAUCCAAAUGCUGGUGAAAAAUUUCGACAACUUGUUGCUGUUUAUGAAAUACUUAAAGAUGAACAACGUCGUACUCGAUAUGAUCGUAUACUUGUAGAAGGUUUACCAAGAUGGAAUCAACCAAUAUUUUAUUAUAGACGUGCGAAAAAAUUACGUUUUUGGGAAAUUUUUACAAUUUUAACAUUUAUUAUGACUAUUGGCCAUUAUUUAGUCCUUUGGGCUAUGUAUUUUGAAUCCACUUUAACUAUGAAUGAACGAUCUACGGAUGUACGUAAACGAUUGGAAAAGAAAAUGAAAAAAUCUAGUAAAAUUAAAGAUAUUGAUCAAAAUAUGAUUGAUGAAGAAAUGGCUCGAAUUAUACCAGUUCUAAAAUCACCACAAUUGACUGAUAUAUUACCAAUUAAAUUCGCUUUUUCUCUAAUAAAUCAUCAAUUUUUUGUUCCACAUAUUAAACAUCUACUAAGUGCAAUCAUACAUAAUCGUCGUCAAUGUUCAUCAACUGAAUCUAUUUCAGCAAGCAAUGACGAUGAAGAUAAUGAUAGUAAUUCAACUACAAAAAAAUCUCCGGUUAUUCGUAUCAAUGAUAUAGUACCAGAAAUGGCUACUAAUAUAAAUGCACCUAUUGUUUCUUAUUUAACACCAACUUCAUCAUCUUUUGAAGAUAAUCAAUCAUCCGAGUCUCGCAAUUCAACUCGUUCAUGGUCGGAUGAAGAAAAACAAUUGUUAUGUAAAACUAUUGUUCGAUUUCCACCAGGAACACCUCGAAGAUGGGAAAAAAUUGCCGAAGUUAUAGGUCGUCAUGUUUCACAAGUUACUGACAUGGCUAAACAAAUACAAAAUACAGUCGGUUCGAGUAAUAAUAUUUUUCAAGAAAAUCAUCUAUCAUCAACAUCAUCGUCAACAACAACCAUUGAUCAAAAUAUAAUUACUGAACGACAACAAUCAGAAACGAUGCCUGAUUGGUCACAAACUGAUCAACAUUUACUUGAAUGUGCAUUAAAAAAUAUACCAAAAGAUAAACCUGGUGCUGAUCGUUGGGAACAAAUAGCUCUUUGUAUACCUGGAAAAACACGUGACGAUUGUUUAGCACGUUAUCGUUAUAUUGUACAACUUGUUAAAGCCAAAAAAAUGGCUUAA